UUUUGGAUUCCUUCCCUGCCCUUGUUCUCAUUGACCUUCCUGACCUCGCGUCUACUUCCCUACCCGCCUUUGUGGUCGGCUGGAGACCCUUACAACACACGUUGCUUUGAUUCGGAAUAAAGGAAGAACAGAUGCAGAUUGCCCAUAAACGAAAACACUCGAGUGAUCUCGGUUCGCAGGGAAAGUCACCUAAACGAGGUCGAUUCUCGUCGUUGUUUGGGUUAAGUAUUUUCGAGUAUGAUCGUCAAGAUGCGUCGUCAUCUUCGUAUCGCGUACCCAAGGCGCCGCCGACGUGCACAGUUUCCCUAGAGACCGCUGGUGUGCUGGAAAGAUAUUCAAAAAAUGCUACUCUUGCGUCAUCUUCUUCCGAAUCAAUACCGAUCAUAUCGUUACCUGUUGCCACACGCUUUCGAUGUUCACCUUCAUCAUCUCAAUCAUUGUUCAAAGGCCACCAUACCCGAUCCAACAUUGUCCCGGUAUCUCAAGAUGAACGAAUUCUGACACCUCCUAGCAAUCUCAGAAAACGAGGAGAUGUGAAGCUGGUUGCGAUGGUCAGGAGGAGUGUUGUUGCUGCAAACUGUGUCGAUGGAAGUCAGGACGUUCUUCUGGCACAACGAUUGGGUGGGUACUUGGACUUAUGGGGUUGGAGGGAACGAGAGCAGGAAGAGCGGGAUGUGGAGUCGGCCUUUGAAAUGGAUGUGGAUGAUGAGGGGCAAGAUGACGAUGGGGAGACGAAGCCGUUGGUCAAAUCCGUACUGAUAUCAUCACCAUCACCAUCACCAUCGAAUCAAUACACCAAAUUAUCUCUCGACCAGCUGGUCGCGACGCUCACGUUGAAGCACCAUGAACGGUCUUUAGUGACAGGACGUUUGAAGGAACGUGAUGCGACAGUUUCGCGGACGAUAAAGAGGAGUUCUUCGUGUUUGAGGUGGGAACUUGGUCAAAUGUAAAGUGGAUGUGAAAUUUCCUUUGCUUUCUUUUUCUGUUCGAAAAACUGUAUUCUUACGAUGCUCUAGCUCACACACUUGUACCAUAACCUGCGCCUCGCUAUCUCCCGUCUGCUGUACUUCCUAUGUUGCUCAAUAUGCAUCAUGCCUUUGCUUUUAUGAAAGAUUGGUAACCCGCACGGGAUGGAAUUUAACUGUCU